AUUACUGCUCUCAAUUCAAUUGAUGUUAAUAAAUAGGCUAAGUUAUUAACGUUAAACUUCUCUUGAAAUGGGCCUGAAUAUUAUAACUAACUUAUAGGCCCUACUAGCUAGGCUCUUUAAGUGUGAUUUAAAUAUUUUAUAGGCCUACAUACAUAAAUACUAAGUUACUCUGGACAUGUCAUUAUUUGAGAGGAGAUGAUAGUUAGCCUAUUAAUCAUUAAUUUAUGAAUGAACACGAAAUGGUGGUCCGAGUGAGUUCUCACAGGAAUGUUCGGAUCCUGUUAGUGGGGGACCGAGGUGUGGGUAAAACUUCGCUGAUUUUGUCUCUAGUAAGUGAAGAAUUUCCUGAGGAUGUCCCUCACAGGGCUGAAGAGAUUACAAUCCCUGCUGAUGUGACUCCAGAAAUGGUGCCUACAAAUAUUGUUGAUUACUCAUCCAUGGAGCAGACAGAAUUGCAGCUAUGUGAGCAGCUGCGUCGCGCCCAUGUGAUCUGCUUGGUGUACUCAGUCGAGGAUGAUGACACGCUACUGAGAGUGACAUCAUACUGGCUGCCAUUCAUACGUGACCAGCUGUCUCACUCACAACGCCGACCCCCUGUUGUACUUGUGGGAAACAAAGUGGAUCUGGUCGAAUACUCUACUGUCGAUGCUGCUUGUGACAUAAUGGAAGAGUUUCCAGAAGUGGAGAGUUUUGUCGAGUGCUCAGCAAAAUCACUCAAAAACAUCAGCGAGAUGUUUUACUAUGCCCAGAAAGCAGUUUUGCAUCCGACAGGACCCAUCUAUAUCAGUGACAGGCAAGACCUCACGGAUGAAUGCAAGAAGGCCUUGACAAGGGUUUUCAAGGUAUGUGAUCUAGAUAAUGAUGGUCUUUUGAACGACUCAGAGCUUAACGCCUUCCAGAAACGAUGUUUUGACUCCCCACUGCGUCCUGAAGCAAUGGAAGAUGUUAAAGUAGUUCUUAGAAAAAACAUCUCUGGUGGCGUAUCGCCAAAUAAUUGCAUCACCCUUACUGGUUUCCUCUACCUUCACUGCCUGUUCAUGCAGAGAGGAAGAAGUCACACAACAUGGACUGUACUCCGCAAGUUUGGUUACAACGAGAAUCUGAAAAUGUCCAAAGAAUUUCUCUUCCCUCCUGUCAAAGUUCCCAAUGGGUGUUCAACAGAAUUGAACCACAAGGGCCAGCAGUUUUUCUCAGCUAUUUUCGAAAGGUUUGAUAAAGACAAGGACGGAGCUCUCUCACCGUUUGAACAAGAGAAUCUAUUUUCUAUGUGUCCUGCACCACCUUGGGGAUCGGACAUCAAACAUAUCGUUCCCACCAACCACCAGGGCUGGGUGACUCUACAUGGAUUCAUAUGUUUCUGGAUGUUGACCACACUUCAUGAUCUCCCAACCACCCUGGAGUAUCUGGCCUACCUUGGCUAUCCCAUCACUGACGAUGACAACCAGUUGUCUGCAAUCACUGUAACGAGGGAGAAGCAAGUGGACCUACUCAAGCGUCAGUCUACUCGUAACAUUUACGAGUGUCAUGUAAUGGGAGCCAUUGGAGUGGGAAAGUCUAUGCUGUGCCGGAGCCAUAUUGGACAGUACUUGGCGGAUGUACCAGACUCUGAGAUCCAGGGUGUGGUGCAAUGUACCAUCAACAUGGUGCAUGUCUACGGCCAGGAGAAGUACCUAGUGUUGAAGGAUGUAGACUUGCCCAACAAGAACGCAGUGCUGCAUCCUGUGGAUGUAGCAUGUGAUGUCGUGUGUCUCGUGUACGAUGGGACUGACCCGCAGUCGUUUGAAUAUAUAGCCAAUGUAUAUCUGAAAUACUACAGAGAAAGCAAGAUACCAGUGAUGGUGGUGUGUACCAAAGCAGAUCAGCCACAGGUGAGGCAAGAGUUUGAUCUUCAGCCAGCAGAGUUUUGUGACUUGCAGAAGCUUUCACCCCCUCAUGCCUUCACUGCUAACAAAGAGUCUGCCUCGGAGCUGUUUGUCAAGUUGGCAACAAUGGCUGCUUUCCCACGGUUCCACGCUGCCUGGCUCCUGUUCUACCAACACACCAGCCAUUUAAGAGAUCUCUCCAUUCUGUCAAACGAGUCUAUUGUAUGGAAGGCUGGUAUAGGGAUUGCAUUUGUGGCAGCCGUCGGAAUGCUCAUGUCAAGACUUCUCAAACCUUCCUCGUCCAGAUAGUUCCCACGCGCAGGUGCUGCACAACUAGUCAUGUACAUAAUAGUUUACACAAACUAAUUAGAUGCGAGACUGAUUAUAUCUUGUAAAUCAACAAUUUGAACUUGGUGUAAAUAUUCUAGAGUAUUUAUUGAAAAGCGAUCCUAGACUAAAGUCUAGUUGUCUGAGAUACCAAUGAAGGUGUAAAAUCGUAAUAUUUAAUACUAGAGUUAGUUUAGAAGGUUGCUUUUGUUUUGUUGUUAUUUAGAACUAUUGAUAGUUUACAAUAUAUAUUGUUGUUUCAUAUAACUAUACAGUUAUACACAUAAUAGUUUGUCAUGCAUUCAGGAUUAGUUGUACUUUGACCUCGGCUACAACAAUUAUUUAUUUACUGUUUUAGUAUAUAGCUAAACUGCUUCGAAUUAACUUCAUUAAAUUACACUAGAAAAAUGUCUUGAUUAUUUAUUUACUGCUAGUUUUAAAAUAUAAAAUUUUAAUAAGAAUUAAUUCUUUAGAUAAUGUAUCAGUGUUUGCUUCAACUACCCCCAACAAAAAUAUGUGCUUUUUCAUUUAUUAAGUCAUAUUAAAUUGGGAUUUGUUGAUUUGUUA